AUGUUCUGCUUCACAAGCCUGCUUGAAUGCUGGAAAGCCUCCUCUUCUGCAUCAGGUGGCGCACAAUCGCCAGCUCUCCAGUCUACCAAUGGAAUUAUUGCAAAAGAUCACAACCCUAGCUUAGCAGGUCUACACGCAGGACAACUAAUUCUAGAUGUUGUCAAAGCUGAGAUGGACUUUGGGAUAUCUUGCUUCAGAGAUUACUGCGUGUUUACAGCUUGUUUCCAGGAAGCCCCUGACAAGCUGCAUUUCAUAUCCUGCCCAAAAGUGAUUCACGCAGCUAAUUUGACCCCUGCUAAGCGGGAUCAUUUUGGCAUUAUUAAAAAGGAGUGGCUUAUUAUUUCUGAUACACAGGAAGAAAAAGAGAUUUUCUAG